GUGGAGGUGCUGCUGCUGCUGCUGCUGCUGCUGCUCAUUGGCCUCGCCCGGUCUCUUCCUUUCUCUCCCUCUCUUUCUUCGGUUGGACUAAAUCGCUGUAGAUUUGUUUUCUUUUUAAUUCCCCUUUUCCUCCCCGGCCGCUCCUCGAGCUUCUUCCCCCUGUCCUCCUCCACUUCUUCUCGCGCACGCCGACCAACCAACCGCAGCCAUUGCUGACCUCGCUAUGUCUGGUGGCGGCGUGAUCCGCGGCCCGGCCGGGAACAACGACUGCCGCAUCUACGUGGGCAACCUGCCGCCGGACAUCCGCACCAAGGACAUCGAGGACGUGUUUUACAAGUACGGGGCCAUUCGGGACAUCGAUCUCAAGAACCGCCGCGGGGGGCCGCCGUUCGCCUUCGUCGAGUUCGAGGACCCCAGGGAUGCAGAAGAUGCCGUGUAUGGACGGGAUGGAUACGAUUAUGAUGGGUACCGUCUGCGGGUAGAGUUCCCUCGAAGUGGUCGGGGCACUGGCAGAGGAGGAGGCGGCGGCGGAGGUGGUGGGGCCCCAAGGGGCAGAUAUGGACCCCCAUCAAGGCGCUCUGAGUAUAGAGUGAUAGUAUCAGGACUGCCUCCCAGUGGAAGCUGGCAGGAUUUAAAGGAUCACAUGCGUGAAGCAGGUGAUGUAUGUUAUGCUGAUGUUUUCCGAGAUGGAACUGGUGUCGUGGAGUUUGUUCGGAAAGAAGAUAUGACCUACGCGGUGCGAAAACUGGAUAACACUAAGUUUAGAUCUCAUGAGGGAGAAACUGCCUACAUCCGUGUUAAAGUUGAUGGCCCGCGAAGUCCGAGCUACGGAAGAUCUCGUUCUCGCAGCCGUAGUCGUAGCCGAAGCCGUAGCCGAAGCAACAGCAGAAGUCGCAGUUACUCCCCAAGACGAAGCAGAGGAUCUCCACGCUACUCUCCCCGUCACAGCAGAUCACGCUCUCGUACAUAAAUGACCUUGAAUAGGGCUCCUUUUUGUAGAAUUUCUCCAUGUUGUAUGCAGUUUCCUUUUGCCCCAUAGAGUCCUUUCUUUUAGAAAAAAAAACAAUUGAAACUGUUUUACUGAAAAUUGGCUAAAAUGUUGAAUUGCGUUUUUGUAUAAUACCCCUAGUGAGUAUUUGUUCUUUAACAUCAACAUUCCCUUGUGUCUUUCAUAAAUUGUAUUUUAACAUGUCCUAGUCAGGGUUCUUUCUAGCUGGUUUGCUGACCCCCCUCCAACUGUGAUAUUGCUGUAUAAAUUGUCCUUGUUCGGCUAUGGUUUAUACAAGCUUGGGAUGUUGGGGUUUAAAUUGUCUCUUUUGGGGGAGCUUACAUUUUUAUCUUGCCUUUUCAUGUGUCUUUCUGUAGACAUAUCUGAAGAGAUGGAUUAAGAAUGCUUUGGAUUAAAGGAUUGUGGAGCACAUGUCAAUCAUUUUAGGAUUGUCAAAAGGAGGAUUGAGGAGGAUCAGAUCAAAAAUGGAGGCAAUGGUUUGGAUUGGAGAGGGCUCACUGGAUCCCAAUCCUUGGAGCUGGAUCAUUGGAUUCAAAUCAUAAUGUGGAUAGGAUAGGGAGGAUCAAUUUCAAGGAUUCAUGGAGCGGGAUCAAAUUACCAGGAACAUAGGAGUGGAUUCCUGCCCCAACCAAACCGCACUCGUGUGGAGUUUUACUCAACUCAAUUGGCUAUUCCAAAGAUUUUUCCUAUUUUUGACGAUUGGAGCCCAUAAGAUGCACGAUGGAGUUUUCAUUUUUUUUGUAAAAGGAGCAAAGCAAGGACCUGGAGAGGUACGCUGGAGCAUUCUCCUUGGAAGGAUUCAGCACAAGUAGAUGGUAAAUGUUAAAAGGGGAAAAGGGGGGUUGUUUAAAAACGUUGAGCCAAUAAGUCAUUUAUCUAAAUUUAACAACACAAACAAAUUGGAGUCUUAAGAUUAAGCAGGCUUUCAAUUGGCUAUUGCCUUUUUUCUUUUGACAAAUAAAAUUUUAUAAAAAAGUG